GGUGUACAGUGACAUUUCUAUCAGAGACAAAAGAACAAUUCAUUAGAUUAGAAUGACCUCUCUUAGUUUGUAGGUCCAGCCGGUAAAGGACAGGUCACUCCCUCUGCCCGCAUGGAGAAAGGUCGAAGAACUUUGGCUGAAGGUUCAGGAUGGACUCCUCAGCAGAGCACUGGAGAACACAAAUUCACAGGACAUUCACAUCCCACGGGGAAGAUCCAGGUCGUUGGGGACGCAGUUCAGUUCACAGUGGACGUGAGCGAAUUUUCGCCAGAGGACGUUAUCAUCACAUCCUCAAACAACCUGCUGGAGGUCCACGCUGAGAGGCUGGGAAAAGAUGGCACAGUCACAAAUACAUUUUCACACCGGUGCACACUGCCAUCAGAUGUGGACCCCGUGUCUGUGACCAUGUCCAUGGAGAGCAGUGGGAUCCUGACAGUCAGAGCUCACAGGAUGUCAUCUCUGCACUGAAUCACUCUGGUCUCAGUAGCCGCACGACAGCGCCCACUAGUGCCGAGGCCGAAGAACAAUGAAGCAUUCACUGACUAUGGGAAACAUGAGCAACACAAUCUAGUCCUCUCGACUCGACAUCCACAUUGCAAAUACCCGGAAAAAACCCCAAAUCAAAACUGUUUACAACUGGUUGUUAGGUGCUAGUAUUAUUUGAGUAUUAUUUACAAAGCAACAGGUUGCAAAUAAAUAAGUCGAAUCAAAUAAGUUUGCAGCAUAACAAUGCACAUCAACUCUUUUUCUUCAAAUAAAAAGUGGAGAUGA